CUAGCUAUGAACUCACUGAAGGGGUUUGUUAGACGCUUGUUCAAAUGCCAGCUUAGUCCUAAGACAAAAACUAACACCCACUGACACGAGUAAAGAAGCAAAAGCUUGUCUCUUCUGUCCUUUCCAUCCUAAUGAGUUUAUUAGCCUCCAUCCUCCAUUUCCGCAGAAGUGCAGAUCUAGAGCCCUCUACACAAACUGCAGUGGAAAUGAGUCUUGCGUCUUCCUCCUUCGCCAAUGCCAGACCAAUCACAAAGCUUACACCUUCAGCCAUUUUUCUUGUGUUCUUUGUUCUCUGCUCCACUCUAACCUCAACAGAAGCUUAUGAUUCACUCGACCCAAACGGAAAUAUAACAAUUAAAUGGGAUAUUAUGCAGUGGACUACUGAUGGCUAUGUUGCACUUGUUAUGAUAUAUAAUUACCAACAAUACCGUCAUAUCCAAGCACCGGGAUGGACGUUGGGAUGGGCUUGGGAAAAGAAGGAGGUCAUCUGGUCAAUGGUCGGGGCACAAGCUACCGAGCAGGGUGAUUGCUCAAGGUUUAAAGAGAACAUCCCACAUUGUUGCAAAAAGGAUCCCAUAGUAGUUGAUCUGCUUCCAGGAACUCCAUAUAACUUGCAGAUAGCUAAUUGCUGCAAAGGAGGAGUGAUGAGUUCAUUGGUUCAAGAUCCAGGCAAUGCUGCUAGUUCCUUCCAGCUCAGUGUAGGUUCAACAGGGACGAGCAUCAAGACUGUACAAGCACCCAAAAACUUCACAUUUAGAGCUCCAGGGCCUGGAUAUACAUGUGGAAAAACUGAGGCUGUGGAACCCAGUAAAUUUGUUUCAAAGGAUGGAAGGAGAAAAACGCAAGCUCUGAUGACAUGGAAAGUUACAUGCACAUAUUCUCAGUUCCUCUCUCAGAAGACUCCGACAUGCUGCGUCUCCCUUUCAUCUUUCUACAAUGAUACUAUAGUCAAUUGCCCGGCAUGCACUUGUGGUUGCCCAAAUAAUCUUACUCAACCAGGAAGCUGUGUGGAGAGCAAUUCACCUCACCUUGCUUCUGCUAUCCAUGGCCCUGGUAAAAGCAGCUUCACUCCUUUGGUCCAGUGCACUUCUCACAUGUGCCCCAUUAGAGUGCACUGGCAUGUCAAACUUAACUAUAGAGACUAUUGGCGUGCGAAGGUCACGGUCACAAAUUUCAAUUAUCGGAUGAAUUACACGCAAUGGAACUUGGUUAUGCAGCACCCCAAUUUCAAUAAUCUCACUCAAAUCUUCAGCUUCAAUUACAAGGCACUGACCCCUUAUGGAACCAUAAAUGAUACGGCAAUGAUGUGGGGCAUAAAGUUUUACAAUGAGUUGCUCGUGGUAGCUGGUCCAAUGGGAAAUGUACAGUCAGAGCUUCUAUUCCGGAAAGACCCAUUAACCUUCACUUUUGGGAAGGGAUGGGCCUUUCCACGUCGCGUAUACUUCAAUGGUGAUAACUGUGUCAUGCCACCUCCAGAUGCAUAUCCAUGGUUGCCGAAUGCGAGUCCUCUAUCAAAGAGUCCCUUAGUUGUCUCCAACAUGAUCUUCUGGGCUGUUCUGGCAUGCUUUAUAGUCUAUGUCUAAUUUAGUACAUUCAGCCUAUAGCGAUGUUCUAAGUUAUACUCACAUGAAUGUCUGAAAGCUCUUAAAAAUAAGUUUUGCUGUCCUGGAGCAUGGCAUGUAUAUUCAUGGGACACAGUCAUGGAAACAUGGAGCUUCACCAAUGCAGGCCUCCAGUGUUUGGGGUUGUAUGGCAAAGUAGAUGUAUAUUGAUGACUUCAUUUCAGUACAAACUUACUGUAACCAGUUGUUGCAGUUGAGCCUAACUUCUUAUAA